CUGCGCUGACGAGUGGCUGGAAAACAGCCACCUGGUCCCGCUGCCUUAUCGGCCGUGCUGGGCAGCCAGUAGCGGAGGGCCACGAGCCCCAGGGGACCGGCACCUCCCGCCCCAGGGCUCUUAUCUGCGUCCUGCCCCCUGGAAAACGUCUUCUGCACCGGCACCAUGCGGGGCUGCAGGUCCAGGCUGGUUUGGCUGCUGGUGCUGUCGCUGGCCUGGCUGGGCCCUGCGCUGGGGGACGAGGAGAAGGAUGAGGAGGUGGUGGCAGAGGAGGAAGGGGAGAAGGAAGAGGAUGAAGUGCUCUCAGACGAGAUCAAAGAGGAGGACAAUGUCCUGGUGCUCCAUGAGCACAACUUUGCCCGUGCCUUGAGCGAGCACCAGCUGCUGCUGGUGGAGUUCUAUGCACCGUGGUGUGGGCACUGCCAGCAGUUGGCCCCCGCCUACACCCAGGCGGCCACCGAGCUGAGGAACGAGUCCAGUCCAGCACGGCUGGGCAAGGUGGAUGCCACGGCACAGACAGCCCUGGCCAACGAGUUCAACAUCACCUCCUACCCCACGCUCAAGCUCUUCCGCAAUGGCAACCGCACCCACCCCCUCCCCUACACCGGACUCAUGGACACGCGGGGCAUUGUGCGCUGGAUGCAGCGCCGGGCCGGCCCCAGUGCCACGCUGCUGCACGACACCGACACCGCCAACGCCUUCGCCAGCUCCCAGGACUUGGUGGUCAUUGGCUUCUUCAAGGACCUGAAGGGCCAGGCAGCCCAGGCGUUCUAUGAUGUGGCUGCUGAGAUGGUGGACAUGCACUUUGGUGUGGCGGAGGCGGCCGAGCUCUUCCAGGCCUACGGGCUGUCGGCCGACACCAUCUGUCUCUUCAAGAAGUUUGAUGAGAGACAGACAAACUUCCCCGUGGACCCGGCGCGGGGGCUGGACACAGAUGAGCUCACGCGGCUGCUCCGCGUCCACAGCCUGAGGCUGGUGACAGAGUUCAACAAUGAGACAUCCAACCAGAUCUUCGGUGCCAAGAUCCCCCAUCACAUGCUGCUCUUCCUCAACAAGUCAUCAUCGGAGCAGCUGUCCCUGCAGGACGGCUUCAAGGCAGCUGCCGGCACCUUCCGGGGCGAGGUGCUCUUCGUGGUGGUGGAUGUGAACGGGUACGGCGCCGACGUCCUGUCCUUCUUCGGCAUGACCCCCGCCGACGCCCCCACCCUGCGCCUCGUCAAGAUGGAGAACAACCGCAAGUACCAGAUGGAGCAGGACUCCUUCUCGGACACGGCCAUCCGCACCUUCAUCCAGGCGGUGCUGGAUGGCAAGGUGAAGCCCCACCUGCUGAGUGCAGAGCCCCCCGAGGACUGGGACACGCGGCCCGUCAAAGUCCUGGUGGGGAAGACCUUCGAGCAGGUGGCGUUCGAUGAGACCAAGAACGUCUUUGUCAAGUUCUACGCUCCGUGGUGCUCCCACUGCCAGGCCAUGGCACCCGCCUGGGAGGAGCUGGGCGAGCGCUACAAGGACCACGAGGACAUCGUCAUCGCCGAGAUGGAUGCCACGGCCAACGAGCUGGAGAACAUCACCAUCCACGGCUUCCCCACCCUGCACUACUUCCCCGCAGGGCCAGGCAGGAAGAUGGUUGAGUACAAGAGCACCCGAGAUGUGGAAACUUUCUCCAAGUUCCUGGAAAAUGGGGGGGUGCUGCCCGUGGAGCCUCCUGUGGUGACCAAGACCCCUGGGAACAGCACAGGCAAGGAGGAUCCAAGUGUGCUGGGGACAGAUGAAACCCGGGAUGAGCUGUGAGCCCUGUCCUGCUCAGGCACGUGAUA